GGUUCGAUGCGAGACCGGAAGUGUAGGUAGGGCUUGCGUCGAUGCGUGCUUUGGAACUUUGCUUAUCUCUAUGAUCGCUGCUGGGGCAGGGGAGGAAAUCUACGCAGCGCCACGUGGGAGCCCGAUCGGAGGUGCUUGUUAGAGCAACUAGAAAAGCUCCCUAAACAGAAUUGAAAGAAAACAGCCAGAAUGUUGUGCAGGCCGCUACUGCAGAUAUUGCGUCAGUCCGUGAGGCAUCAGUCUGAGUCAGUGAUGCCCAGCGUCCUCGAAAGAUCGUUGAACCGUAUCCAGCUGCUCGGCCGUGUAGGACAGGAUCCUGUCAUGAGGCAAGUGGAAGGGAAAAAUCCUGUCACCAUUUUCAGCCUUGCAACCAAUGAGAUGUGGCGGUCGGGAGAAAGUGAAGCACUCCAAGCAGGUGAUAUUACGCAGAAGACCACAUGGCACCGGAUCUCUGUGUUCAGGCCAGGGCUGAGAGAUGUGGCUUAUCAAUACGUGAAGAAAGGCGCUCGGAUCUACGUGGAAGGGAAGAUCGACUACGGCGAAUACGUAGAUAAAAACAACGUGAGGCGGCAAGCCACAACAGUCAUCGCAGAUAACAUUAUUUUCCUGAGCGACUUUCCAAGAGAAAAGGAAUGAGUUUUUGAAGUCUGGCUUCGUCUGUUGCUUCUCGUUUUUGUAGUGAUUCCUAAUUCUGCAAUCAUGUCUCUGCCUAUAGUUUCUUUACCAAGAUUAAAACUACCCUUUUGUACACAUUUGGGAAAACGUG